AUGGUUUCCUCAAGAUUACUGUUCCUCCUCUCUCCCAUUUUGAUGCUCAUUAUUCAUGCCAAUGGGCAGCCACCCUUCCGAGCUUAUUUUUGUGAUAACAAUAAUGGUAACUACACCAGUAGCAGUAUCUAUGAGAAAAACCUCAAUCAAGUCCUCCCCACCCUCUACUCCAACACCACAAUUGAUUAUGGGUUCUACUAUUCCACUUAUGGCCAAAACUCUGACACAGUAUAUGCAAUUGGACUCUGUAGAGGAGAUGUCAAUCCAGAUGACUGUCGUGGUUGCCUUAAGAACUCUUCCGCUCUCCUCACACAGACCUGUCCCAAUCAAAAGAAUGCAAUAGGAGUGUACGACGAAUGUAUAUUACGUUACUCAAACAGCUCCAUCUAUGGAAUCAUGGAAAUAAGUCCUAUUAUUUCACUGCGGAAUGGGAAUAAGGUGGCGGCCAAUUCUGUGGGUCAGUUCAAUGAUGAUCUCAAUUCCUUGCUGAGUAACCUAACAAAUGAAGCUGCAGCAGGUAGUUCUCUUCUUAAGUAUGCAGCACGAGGUGGCACACGAGACUUUCUGCCAUUGUAUGCACUUGUGCAGUGCACGCCUGAUUUGUCUCAGCAAAACUGCAUUAAUUGCUUACUUGACGCUAUUAAAGUUGUUCCACAAUGUUGUAAUGGGACGCAAGGUGCGACAGUAAUUGUGCCCAGCUGUAAUUUGAGGUUUGAGCAAUACUCCUUCUUUGACUCUACUACAGCUCCACCAUCAACCAAUACCACCACUUCUCCACCACCAACCAAUGUCACUAAUUCAAAAGGCAAUCAGAGCAGCACAUCACGGACUGUCAUAAUAGUAGUUGUGGCAUCUGUUGCCUUUGUUGUACUAAUAGUCUCCAUCUGCAUCUGCGUCUAUUUGAGAGUGAGCAGUCCAAAGGAGAAAGCAGCAGAAAUAUUGACUUGUUCCUCGUGUGAAGACAUUGAUGAUGAAAUUCCAAGCGUGGAAUCCUUGCAAUUCGACUUUAGCACUAUUAGUGUUGCGACAGAUGACUUUUCUGAAGCAAAUAAGCUUGGACAAGGUGGAUUCGGGGCUGUUUACAAGGGUACGCUCUGUAAUGGAGAAGAUGUCGCAGUUAAAAGAUUGUCAACAAAUUCUGGACAAGGAGAUCUAGAAUUUAAGAAUGAAGUUCUAUUGGUUGCCAAACUUCAGCACCGUAAUUUAGUUAGACUCUUAGGGUUUUGCAUGGAAAGGAAUGAAAGACUUUUGAUAUAUGAGUUUGUGCCAAAUACAAGCCUUGAUCACUUCCUUUUUGAUCCUAUCAAGCGUGUACAUUUGAAUUGGGAAAAGCGUUACAAAAUCAUAGGAGGUAUUGCUCGAGGGCUUCUCUAUCUUCAUGAAGAUUCACGGCUUCGAAUUAUUCACCGUGACCUUAAAGCAAGCAACAUACUUUUAGACAAAGAUAUGAAUGCCAAGAUUUCAGAUUUUGGCAUGGCAAAAUUGUUUUUACUGGAUCAAACUCAAUCGAAUACAAGUAGAAUUGUGGGAACCUAUGGAUACAUGGCUCCAGAAUACGCAAUGCAUGGCCAGUUUUCAGUGAAGUCCGAUGUCUUUAGUUUUGGUGUGUUAGUGUUGGAGAUAGUAAGUGGACAGAGGAACAAUUGCAUUCGAAAUGGAGAGAAUGUUGAGGACCUUCUAAGCUAUGCAUGGAAUAAUUGGAGGGAGGGAACUGCUUCACAUAUUAUUGAUCCCACAUUGAGACAUAGCUCAACAAUUGAAAUAAUGAGAUGCAUCCACAUUGGCUUACUCUGUGUUCAAGAAAAUGUAUCUGAUAGACCAACCAUGGCUUUGAUUGUGCUUAUGCUUAACAGCUACUCUAUCACUCUUCCAGUACCAUCCCACCCUGCAUUCUUUAUGCACAGCAACAUUGAAUCAGACAUGUCAUCAAAUUGGGGGCAUAAUUUAGAGGUGCCAAGGUCAGAUCAUUCCAAAGGCCAUUAUGUUCAGCACUCAGCAAAUGAGGCUUCAAUUACUGAGCCAUAUCCUCGUUAG